ACAACAACGAUGCGCCCUACCCCGGCCACCCGUCACUUGCUCGUGACUUCACCUCGUACCGCAUCGAAUUUGUUUGUCCGGAUCCUUAACUUUGAGGGACAGGGCGCCCGGCCGAUAAAGAGCAACGGGUACUUUUGGUUGCCGUCGAUCCUCAAGCGCUACGCGGUACAAGGGAAGCCCAUGUCUGAGUGGACAGCGGAGGAGAAGAAAGAGAUCGAUGAUAUUGAGCAACAAUGCUUCGACAACCUGCUUGAUUAUAUAAAGAAUGCCGAGAAUGAAGGCCAAUUGGUCUUGUUCAAGGAGCACGCUCUACUGCUGAACCAUCCGUUCUUCGAGUCCGAAUUCGCUCACGGGAAAGGCACUACAAUUGGCGAACCUACUGUACUGGGGAGCGGCACGCGCUCUCCGUUGAACAAGACUGUACUUUCGGACGAAUUCCUCAAGACCUUCAAACCAACAUUUCUUAUCCGACACCCGGCUUUGUCACUCGCCUCCAUGUAUCGCGCGGCACGUAGUGACGUGUUGGGACGCCCCGACAAGGAACCCAGCCCCGUUGAGAGGUCUUCAAUCUGGAGCAGGGCUCUAUUUGACUUUUACGAGGCCCAACAUGAUAAGGGGGGAGAGCGGCCGCUUGUGCUGGAUGCGGAUGAUAUGAUGACCUCCCCAGAGCUAAUGUCGAAGUACGCCAGACUGGCCGGACUGGAUCCCGACAAGUUGCGCUUCUCGUGGGAAAAGGCAUCUCAAGAGGAGCUAAGCAACAUGUCAGCCAUGGCCCGAAUGAUGCUGAGUUCGCUUAGCGCCAGCGACAGUGUAAAUCUUGACAAGGUCGCUGGCGAUCUUGAUAUUGCCAAAGAGGCGGCCAAGUGGCGGGCCGAGUUCGGUGACGAGGAUGGGAGCAAGUUGGAGAGCUGGGUUCGCGCAGCUAUGCCUGAUUACAAGUACAUGCGGUCAAAGAGGUUGAAGAUCUAG